AUGACUUCGGUAUUAUCAUACAUCCCAAUCGUCGGCAGGUUUGUUCCCGACAAGGAGAAACCCCGAUCCAUCAACAUCCCACCUGUUGAGAUUCACAAUGUGGAGACUGCACCAGAGAAACGCCCGAGGACCCUCAAGCACCUGCUAAGGGCCAACCACGUCAACCACUCCAUCAUCUAUCACAACUUGCAAUUUGAGAACCAUUUGCCUCAUGCUCUUUCUUCGGCGUACUUACUCGGGGCGGACGAGAAGCAAUUGCACAAUAUAUAUGAUGUACAAGCAAAAUUCCUCGAGCCGUGGGUGCCGUCGCCGGCCGAGGUUACACAAAACGACUGGAGAGACUUCCUCGGUGACAAGCACUAUCAACGGGCAUACGUCGAUUUCUUCGAGGACUGUUUGGUCAUGAACCACAACUACAACUGGAAGGCAUUGGUUGACGAGUUUAUGUUCCAUGGCGAUGAGCCUUUGGUGAACGGUCUCAUCGGUGGACUUGGUCAUCCCCUGAUCCAUUUGGGGUAUGCUUUCGAGAUGGACAACCGUGAGGUGGCAAUAGAGGGACUCGGAUUGGCGGCCACACAGUACAACUUCUUCCACAAGUAUCUAGACGAUCCGUCUUACACGAAGCCUUCUUCGUUCAAGUCCACGAACCCACUGGAGCUAUUCGGUAAGAUAGCCACCGACAGCCGCUUCGAUGGGCUCUUCAAGGAACCCGGGUUUACCAACAUCGAACCUCUGUUUGAGAAGCAUGAAGAACUCGUGAUGGAGUACUGGAAUGCUUGGACUCUCGAUGAUCCUGUGAAACAAUUCCAGGAUUCGCAGGAGGCGGCAGUCGCCCUACUCGUUGCUUCUGUGCGCCCAGGAACACAUUCCUACAAUUUCUUCAUAUGCCAUGUUCUUACGACAAGUCACGCCGUCAGGAUACUCCUCCCUUUAAUUCCAUCAAAAUUCCACAUUAGCCUAGUACGCGAAUGGUGGCUGUUAACACUUGCGGUUUACAUUGCGGAGAUGCGACCAAAAAUCGACCCCGACUACGUUGGAGAUGCUGCAGGGAAACAGUGGAACUACGUCGAGGACAAGGCUAUCAAUGGACCAUGGAACACGGAUUCCCAUUUUGUCAAAGCGGUGCGAGCAAUGAAGGAGGCGGCCAGGACCUGGGGCGAUGUUCACGAACGUUAUCUGGCAGCCGCAGACGCGCCACCCGUGGGCAACCGCACCCGCGAUUCGCAACUCCAACGUCGUAGCUGCCUUCAUCUCGCCCCAACACCUGCAUCUUUGUUGUCCGAUGAAGUCUCGCCGUUUUUUUGCUCACUCGCAAUGGCUCCGCCUGCGAAGCGCCGGAAGCGCAACGUUAUACACUCGGAAGAUGAAGCGGAACCGAAGCCUCAGGCAAACACCCUCUGCAAUUUCUUGUUCUCCUCCCCAGAACAGCAAGACACAUCUCGAGUUGCGUCCGCAUCACCAAGCCCGGCCACGAGGAAACUCCCAAGGCCAUCCGCGCCGGCCAGCCAGCCACGAAAGCCGAGUACCCAGCCUUUGCAAUUGAAAGCAAACGGCGCGAGUAGAAAUGGAUAUAAGACCACCAGCACAAGCCCGGAAAAGCCAAAGACCAGGGCGCCGAGGAAGGUCAAGGUUGAGGAGAAGGGAAAGACGGCCGAUCUCAGGACACUAUUCUCAAAGCAGGCAGAGCGUGCCCCAAACGUCUCGCCGACUAAGUUGGACGAUAUAACAAGCGAUCCGAUUUCCGACGAAGACACCAUAGGAGAGCAUAGGGCUGCGACUGCUAGCCGAGUCAGCAGCAUUGCACGGAAGCGCUUCAAAGAUGGAGGAGGUCAGAGGUUCCUGAAGCCUUCUCGGCCAACACGGGAUCCAGCUCAAGAUGAUGAACAAAGACCGUGGUCGGAACGAUUUGGUCCAUUGAACCUGGACGAGCUGGCAGUACAUAAGAAGAAAGUUGCAGAUGUUCGAAGAUGGCUCGAGGAUGCCAUGGCAAGGAGGAUGCGGCAACGCUUGUUGAUACUGAAAGGUGCUGCUGGGACGGGUAAAACGACUACCCUGCGUCUUCUAGCCAAAGAUAUGCGCUGCGAGCUGCUCGAAUGGAGAAAUCCUACAGGAUCGCUUGGUGCCAAUCUUGGCUAUCAAUCAGUUUCCGCCCAAUUCGAAGAGUUCCUGGGCAGAGGCGGCAAGUUUGGCCAGCUGGACACAGACUUGGAAGUCCCAGUCGUGACGAAACCCGCCAACGAACCGAGUAAAGACAGUUUGCGAAAGAUCAUUCUAAUCGAAGAGUUCCCGAACACCUUCACGAGAUCUUCAACCGCAUUGCAAUCGUUUCGAAACACGGUCAUGCAAUAUUUGGCUACCAACACGCCUUCCCUGGCAAACUCCGGUCAGCAAUUCUCCAAAGGCCCUAUCACGCCUGUAGUGAUGGUAAUAUCGGAGACACUUCUCACAACUACAUCGGCCUCUGCAGACAGCUUUACGGCCCACCGUCUGCUUGGCCCCGAGAUAACUCGGCAUCCCGGUGUGUGCAUGAUUGAGUUCAAUGCAAUAGCACCGACGUUUCUCGCUAGUGCCCUCGAGCUGAUAGUCCAGAAGGAAGCACGCAAAUCUGGCCGAAGACGAACACCAGGCCCACAGGUGCUCAAGCGAUUGGGCGAAAUAGGUGAUAUUAGAAGCGCAGUCUCAUCACUAGAAUUCCUUUGUCUCAAAGGUGAUGCCGAUGCGGAUUGGGGAUCUAAAGUGGCAUUCACAAAGCUUAAGAAAGGGGUUAAGGACGGGAUCUCUUUGACGAAAGGGGAAACGGACAGUCUAGAGCUUGUCUCGCGACGAGAAGCGAGUCUGGGCAUAUUUCACUCGGUCGGCAAAGUUGUAUACAACAAGCGAGACGAGGUGUCUUUACCGAGUCACACCCCAGAAGGCAGAGCUGAGGUUCUGCCCAGCUACAUGGCCCAUCUUUCACGGCCACAUCGAUCUCAAGUUUCAGUUGAGAGUCUCAUCGAUGAGACAGGUACCGAUACGCAUACCUUUAUUUCAUCCCUUCAUGAGAAUUACGUCCUCUCGUGCGAGUCAACUGGGCCGGCAGACCCUUCGUCUUCUAUUGAUUAUAUGAACGAAUGUAUCGAGUACCUUUCGGAAAGCGACUUGCUCUGUCCGUCAUCCGAUGCGUUUUUUGGAGGACGAAAUUUCGGGGCAGGGGGCUUCUCAGAAAGGGACUCGGGAAGCCAUGUGUUACGGCAAGAUGAGAUUACCUUCGAAGUGGCAACUAGGGGUCUGCUUUUCUCUCUGCCAAAUCCUGUGAAAAGGAUCGGGACGACAUCGCAUAGAGGUGGUGGGGAUGCUUACAAGAUGUUCUACCCAAUGAGUCUCAAAUUGUGGAGGGAAAAGGAGGAGUUGGAAAGUGUCGUCGAUCAUUGGUCCACAAAGCUGUUGAAGGGAGACGAGGCUUCUCAUAAUCUCACCGAUGGUGCAUUGGCCUUUCGGAAACCCAAGUCUACCAACGUUGGGGACUGGAUCAGUAAGCAGGCAUCAUUACAAAGGCCCAAUAGCCAACGGAAGGACCUCGAUCACGGGCAGACUCCGGCGGCGCCUUUACUAUCCCUGGGAAGCUCAGCACGCAGAGAGAUGUUGCUCGAGCGAUUGCCGUAUAUGGCACACAUCGCCCGGCAGCGGAAGUCCUCCGCCAACAACAUGCGACUUAAAGAAAUCGAGAAGAUUGUUUCGUUUUCCGGUAUCAACGGAGCUGCCGACGAGGAGGCUGCCGAGGGCGAUGAAGCCAAUGGUGCCACUGGCGAAGCGUGGGCUACUGACAAGCCUACUGAGGAGGCUUCACCGCGAAAGAAACGUCCGGGUAUUCAGCUGAAGAACGACGAAACUGUGGCGGCGCUUCCAGUUCAUGGACUGGUGUUGAGCGAUGACGAUAUAGAAGAUGAUUGA